CAAUGAAGAGCAUUGAGUUUUACACUUCCAAAGCAGGAGUGUUAAAGUUAUAUUUCUUCAUAAUUGGGCAUGGAGUGUCCUACACAUAUAUGGCAGCGUUGACAACCACUAUAGCAAACUUUACCAGCGAACAUCGUGUUCAAGCUUUAGCCAUUCUGGAAUCAUGCUUUGGGGGAGGUGCUUUAGUAUUCGCUAUCUUAUACGCUAGUUAUUUUACAAAUGCCCACAUAUACGAUGAACAGAACCAAAAUUGGUCAGGCUUUAUUUUGAUGCUAAAGAUUGGUUCAAGUAUCGCAAACUGUUGCUGCGCUGCCUUCCUACGAAUUGCCCCUCAGUCAGACAAUGAUGGAGAUGAUGAAGAAAGUGAUAAAGAUGAUAACUAUAUUGCAGCUGAAACUGAAGAUGAGCAUGAUCUAGAGGAUAUCUUUACUGAAGCUGGAGAUGAAUCUGAAUCUACGGAACUUUUUCAUUCUGAAGAUGCUGAAACAAGCAAUGAGACCUUGAUAUAUAUAAUGAUCAAAGAAACCUGGUUGGAUUUCAAAAGGAUUUUUUUGACCAAAAACUUCCAAAUAAUUCUUUGGUUAAAAAGUAUUAUCUCGCCAAUAGGUUUUGUGUAUUUAAUAAAUAUCACAGCAAUCUUGAAAUCUGCCAGACUUGAGGCAUACAGUGCCAUAUUUACAAUUCUACGCCCGAUUGCAGGGAUGUUGGCACGUUUUAUCUUAGCUGUGCUUGCUCAAUUGCUAAAGGGAAAGAUACAGAAACCUAUUCUUUUGCUGAUCACCAACAUGGGUUUUGUUGUAGGUCAAGGAUUGCUGAUUAGCUUAGGAACUAACUUAACAGCGUUACAUGUAUCAAAUAUUGUUAUUACCAUGGCUCAUUCAUGUGUGUUUGUGCUUGUUAUAGCAAUAUUAAGCGACCUAUUUAGCAAAAAGAAAUUUGGUCGUAUUUGGGGAUUCAUUUUAUUUGUUUCCACAAUAUUUAGUUUUUUAUACCCAGCUAUAUUUGGACUAGUCUAUGAUGCGCAUACAAAAAUUGGUAAUGUAGAUUGUUAUGGACUAGCCUGUACCCAACUUACGUUUAUAAUUACGAGUAUAUUCACCUGUGUUGUUCUGAUAUUGAAUAUUGCACUUAUUGUUAAUAUACGGUAAUAAGACCUGAUUUUUACCCAGCUAUAUUUUGACUAGUCUACAUGUAUGAUGCGCAUUCAAUGAUUGGCAGUGCAGAUUGUUAUGGACUAGCCUGUACCCAACUUACGUUUAUAAUUACGAAUAUAUUCACCUUUGUUGUUCUGAUAUUGAAUAUUGCACUUAUUGUUAAUACACAGUUAAUAUGACCUGA